AACGGCUCAGCUGGUACGGAACCGGAGGCAGCGUGCACUGUCAGUUCGGUUAUACAGAAAAAUAUUCUGCCGAAAGCUCGGAAUAACGGAACCGGCAGACAUGGCAGCGUUCUGGAUAUUAUUUGGAAUCAUCUGCUGCCAGUGUAUUACAGUGUCAGCGGAUGACAUUGUGGUGGCAUGCGGAGGGUUCGUGAAAUCCGACGUUGAAAUCAACUACUCGCUGAUCGAGAUUAAAGUCUACACAAAACAAGGGUCUUUAAAAUAUCAAACCGACUGUGCUCCCAUCAAUGGAUACUUUAUGAUUCCCCUCUAUGACAAGGGAGACUUUGUGUUGAAGAUUGAGCCUCCUCAUGGGUGGAGCUUUGAGCCCGCCAGUGUGGACCUCUAUGUGGACGGGGUUAAUGAUAUCUGCACCAAGGAGCAGGACAUCAACUUUGUCUUCACUGGCUUCUCUGUCUCUGGAACGGUGCUGAGUAAAGGCCAACUCCUGGGCCCAGCUGGGGUGGAGAUCAGCCUGACCAGGGAGGGAACAGGAGAGAAGCUGCAGACUGUGCUCUCUCAGCCUGGAGGAAAGUACACCUUCUCCAAAGUACUUCCUGGAAAUUAUGACAUCAUUGCUUCUCAUCCAUCCUGGACUCUGGAGCAGAGCACUAUGUCGGUGCGUGUGUCCAGUGCCAAUGCGGCGGCUGCAGAACAUCUAGUGGUGGGAGGGUAUGAUGUCUCUGGGGAGGUCCGGAGUGAUGGGGAGCCCAUGAAAGAAGUCACCUUCCUCCUCUACUCUGCCACAGUGAAGAAGGAGGACAUCAGGGGCUGUAACACACCCCCAGUGGAGGGAGCCGUGUCUGGAGAUGACUCCUUGGUCUACCUGUGUAGCGCCCUGUCCCGAGAGGACGGCACUUUCUCCUUCCCCUCACUGGCCAGCGGAGAAUACACUGUGAUUCCCUUCUACAGGGGAGAGAGGAUCACGUUUGACGUGGCUCCUUCCAGAAUGGACUUCAGGGUGGAGCACAACAGCUUGAAGCUGGAGCCCAUCUUCCGUGUCAUGGGUUUCUCUGUGACCGGCAGGGUUCUCAACAGCCUGGAGGGGGAGGGGGUACCUGACGCCACGGUAACCCUCAACAACCAGAUCAAAGUUCUGACCAAAGAGGACGGCUCCUACCGCCUGGAGAAUAUGACCACCGGUACCUACACCCUCCGCACGCACAAGGACCUCAUGUUUUUUGUGCCAAUCACGGUGAAGAUAGCUCCCAACACACCUCAACUACCUGACAUUAUCACUGCUGGGUUCAGCGUGUGUGGUCAGAUCGCCAUCACCCAUCUGCCAGAGGGCAUGAAGCAGCAGGGGCGUUACAAGGUGACCCUUACUCCCCUGGGACAGGACAACACCGCCACCCGCACAACCGACUCAGACCAGCAGGGGGCCUUUUGCUUCCAGGCCAAACCUGGAGACUACAGUGUUACCGUGUCUCUUCCUGAGGUGGAGGUGAAGGCUGGCCUGGCCCUGCAGCCUGCUGCUCUGGAGGUCUCCCUGGUGGACAGGCCCCUCUCCGACCUCCUCUUCACCCAGUUCAUGGCCUCGGUCUCGGGCAAGGUCUACUGUCUGGCGAACUGUGAUGACCUGUCGGUAACCCUGCAGCCGGUGAGUCGUCAGGGGGAGAGGAGGAGCGUGCUCCUCUCAGGGAGCAGUGACACCCUGGAGAUCUCCUUCGACAACGUCCUGCCUGGCAAAUACAAAGUGAGUAUCUCCCAUGAGGAGUGGUGCUGGAAGCUCAAGUCAGUGGAGUUGGAGGUGCUGGACUCAGACGUGCUGGGAGUUGAGUUCAGACAGAUAGGAUACAUCCUCCGCUGCUCCCUGUCCCACGCCAUCACCCUGGAGUUCUUCCAGGAUGGCAGCAAGCCUGAGAACGUUGGCGUCUAUAACCUCUCCAAGGGGGUCAACCGCUUCUGUCUCUCCAAGCCUGGUGUGUACAAAGUGACUCCUCGAUCUUGCCACCAAUUCGAGCAGGACUAUUAUACCUACGACACGUCAGCCCCCACUAUACUGACCCUGACUGCAGUGAGACAUCACAUGACUGGCCUAAUCACCACCGAUAAGAUCCUGGAUGUCACUGUGACCAUCAAAUCUUCUAUAGAGUCUGAGCCAGCUCUGGUCCUAGGCCCUCUGAGGAGCCAGGAGGAGCAGAGACAGGAGCAGCAGCUGCAGGAGAUGGAGCUGCGGCGCCAGGAGAGGGAGAGACGUGCCCAAGAGGCUGAGCAUGGUGGAGACAGUCAGCCCCCCGUCCAGGAGAGAGCUGACGAGCUCACCGGACCCUUCCACUACGAGUUUUCUUACUGGGCCAGGGCUGGGGAGAGGAUCACUGUGAUUCCCUCCUCCAAGGAACUGCUCUUUUAUCCGCCGGAGGUCGAGGCUACUAUCACUGGAGAGUCUUGUCCAGGGCGGGUGGUGGACAUCGCAGGGCGUGCUGGUCUGUUCCUGGAGGGCCAGGUGACUCCAGAGCUGCAGGGGGUAGAGAUCUCCAUCACAGAGCGAGGAGCCCAGGCACCCCUCAUCACCGUCGCCACCAACGAGAACGGGGCUUACAGUGUUGGUCCCCUGCACAGUGACCGUCAGUAUGACAUCAGUGCCAGUAAGGAGGGCUUCAUCCUCAGCCCUGUAGAGGGAAACCAGGGAGACUUCAAGGCCUUUGCCCUGGCUGGAGUCACCUUCAAGAUCAAGUCAGAGGAUGGUCAGGCUCUGUCUGGAGUCCUGCUGUCUCUCAGUGGAGGAUCGUUCCGAUCCAACCUGCUCACCCAGGACACUGGUGUCCUCACCUUCAACAACCUGAGCCCAGGUCAGUACUACUUCAAGCCCAUGAUGAAGGAGUUCAGGUUUGAGCCAGCCUCUCAGAUGAUCACCGUAGACGAGGGACAGAGCCUCAGCAUCGACAUCACCGGAUUCAAAACAGCAUACAGCUGCUACGGGGCUGUUCAGUCCCUGAGUGGGGAUGCUGAGAGGGACGUGUCAGUGGAGGCAGUGGGACAGGCAGAGUGUAGUAUCUACAGUGAGGACACAGUCACUGACGAGGAUGGACGCUUCAGGCUCAGGGGCCUACUGCCGGGCUGUAGAUACCUGAUCCAGCUGAGAGCAGAGGGCAAUGAUCACAUUGAAAGAGCCCUGCCUCAGCACCGCUCCAUAGAGGUUGGGAGCACCGACAUCGUGGGAGUCAACAUCAUCGCCUUCAGGCAGAUCAACCAGUUUGACCUGAGUGGGAACAUCAUCACCUCACCAGAACACCUGCCCACUCUCUCUGUGAAGCUUUAUAAGAGUGACAACCUGGACAACCCCAUCAACAGUGUGUCUCUGGGGCAGUCCCUCUUCUUCCACUUCCCGCCUCUGGACAGGGACGGAGAGAGCUAUGUGUUGAUGCUGUACUCCACACUGUCUCGCUCCCAGUACGACUUCUCUCUGCCACAAGUCUCCUUCACCUCUACAGGCUACCACAAGCACAUCACUUUGACCUUCAACCCCAAUCGUAAAGUGCCUGACCAGGACGUAGCCCAGGGUUCGUACAUAGCUCUACCCCUCACGCUACUGCUCCUGCUGGCAGCCUACAACCAUGAGAAGGUGAUCCCCCUGCUGCUGCAGCUGGUGAGCCGUCUCCAGGGGGUGCGUAGCCUGAGCCAGGCCAGUGGGGACAACACUGCCCUGGACGAGGCCAAACGCCAGGCCAAGAGACAGAAGACCCGACGCACAUGAUCCACAGACCUAACUUCUAGCAUGUAAACUACCCCAACAGGAACCACAGACAUACUGUGUCUGAAAUGGCACCCUGUUCCAUAUAUAGUGCACUACUUUUGACCAGAACCCUAUGAGACUUGGUCAAAAGUAGUGCACUAUGUUGGGGAUAGUGCCAUUUCAGGGGCAGCCAUACUGUGCAAUAGCAUACUUUACCAUACUAUACCCAUAGCAACCCUGCUUCAGCCAACAUAGUGGCUCUAUCUAUGGACUGAUGUCACCAGCAUGGGUUCUAUGGAAGGUUCUAUGGAAGACUGGCUGUGUAGUUCUGUUCUGUGGGACUCCUUCGUUUUGUAGAACACUCAUCAGAAAUAUUAAGAAGAAUCCAUUUUGUCGAUAUGUAUAUGAGCCAUUGUUGCUUUUUUUAAACAUUUGUAAUUAAUGAAUUGUCGAUUGAGAUCAAAAAAACUAUCGAGGUCUUAUGGGAGAUGGUUACAUCUGUGGGUUUCAUGGGGAUUUUGGGGUUCAGGGUCACACUUUGUGAUAACGAUGCAUCAUGAAAGCUUUAUAACUCAUUAUGAAAGUGACAAACUGUUCAUGACAAUUUAUUUACUAUGACGUGCAGUGGCACUAAUUUUAAACACUGCCAAUUAAGCCAACUGUUCAAAUCCCUGCAUGUGUCAUAAGGAGGGCCAGGAGUUUUUUCCUGACCACAUGACCUGACCAGAAAAACUUGUGUUGGUCUAUAAAUGGUUCCUGGUCAGAUUACAUGGUCAGAAAAAACUCCUGACCCUAGUAUGGAAUGGUUUGUCAUAAUGGUCAUUAAUUUUUAUGUCAUAUUUAUAAUGGGUUCUACAGGCUUUGGUAGUUUGAAGUAAGAUGGAUUUUAUGUGUUGGUCUGUCAGUUUGCUCAGGGAGAGUGGGUGGGUUGAGGGUGGGGGGGGUCUAAGGGUUUGAAAGGGUUAGGGUUAAUAAUUACAGUAACAAGAUAAGAAAUUAAGAUUUUGGUAGGGAGCUGUAGGGGUAUAACUUGUCAGUGAUAAUUAUUAAUUUAUUAACAUUUAUUUGUCUGAUGUGAAUGAUGAACAGUUUGUUUGGUAGCUAAUUUCUUUUACGGUGUGUUUGUUUUUGAGAAAAUAAGCGGUCAGAUUUCAAAGUAUGCAAGCUAUCUGAAGGCAAAGGGAACCAGUGUAAAUGUAUCAGACAAGCAUCUACUACUUACGAGGAGAUAGUUUCUCAACAAAUUCCGGGACGAAUCCUAACUUUCACUUUAAAAGUCAAAUCUUUAUAUGUUUUCCCAUUGACAUCAAUGACUAAGUGAACAUUCACCCUAAAUGUAAAUUAGGAUUUGCGGUACAAUGUUUGUCUUGACCUCACGUUGCGUUAAGCUAAUAUAAAAUGUGAUAAUCUUAAAUAAUAACUGAAGAAAAUGUAAUUGGUUCAUCCAAGUUUCUACUCAUAAUAUUAAUGCAUUGUGAAAUGUUGAAUGUGAAAUGGAACCAACUGAACCAAUCUCUUUUUGUAUGUGGGAUGCUGUUCUUCUGAGUUAGUUAUGGCCAAUUUGAAAGAAAAAGAUGAUCAUGCCAAUGGCUAUUUACGGAGUUGAAAGAUAUUCCAAUUAGGUUAUGGUUGCCGGGGUGAAUCGGGUCGUGUUGAAGAGUCUGAUCUGUGUGAAAUUAAUGAUGAAUAAAGUCUGACGUGGAAAAAUGCA